UGCUAUAUGUUCUAAUAGAAGAACGACGCGGUUAGUCGCAAGUCAAGUCCUCACCUGUUUGAASAGCAAAAUGCCGAAUAAGAAGAACAAAAACCAGCCUAAAAAUGCCUUUUACUUUUAUAUGGUUUCGUUAAAACCACAAUUGCAGCGUCAGGGAGUGGUUUUAGAGAAUGGGAUGCAGAGUUUAGCCGAGAUAGCGGGACCUCGCUGGAAGGAGUUACCAGAACAUGAAAAGGAAGUAUAUCAGGAAAUGGCCAGACAAGCAAAAUCAAACAGACAAUAUGGACCAACACGUAAUGAUCGUAGAGACUGUACUGGACAACUACUGUCUCAAAGAGUUGAUGCUGUUAGCCUGAAUGAAAACAAAAGACGAAGGCAAAGAGAUGAAGUGAAAUUAACUUGGCCUCCAGGAAAAUUGGUCUGUGAUGAAAGUUUCUACUUGAUUGGGUUCAUGUCCCUCUGUGAAGCUUCAGAUCAUGUACAGCUCCCCUGUGAACUGGGAGUCGCAGAAUUCUCUAUCAAUGGUGGUAUCAUCAAAUCUAUGCACAGAUUCAUUAAACCUGGUGAAAUUCCACUUGGCUACAGAUUUCAAUGUACUAACACAAGUGAGAAAACCCAUAAAAUACCAUUGUCUGGUCUCGCAAAAGAAGGAGACUCMUAUUACAAUAUUUUUAUGGAUCUGCUGGGAUUUGUAAAUCCUGAUGAAGGGAAUAAUGCAUUUCCACCAGUAUAUAGCAGAGCAUCAGAAGCAACACAAACAGAAUUAUGCUUGGACUGGUUAGCUAUGAGUGCAGGAAUGCCAAACAGACUAAAGAAAGUUUAUGAACUAGAAGGUCUUAUCUGUGAUCUCUAUGAGCAUAUUACAAAAGGUGAAAGCUCAAAGAUAUCAAAAGCCCAAGCAACAGAACUUAUAUCAUCUACAAUGUUUGACUAUGAACUUGGUUCAAGGUGUGAUUAUCAUCAAACAGAGGAAGUGAAAUUCUGUGCCCUUGGAACAGUCAAGCGUAAUUGCUAUUGUAUGGCUGACUUUCUUUGUCCUCACUACAACAUUACCCUCACCACCAAACAUAUGCCAGAGAGACCAGAAGGGUCAUUUGGUGUAGUCUUAAAUGAUACCACUGAUUCCUAUAGUAAACAAUAUACUGAAUACGAUGAUGAAUUCACUUACCCUGCAUACACACAGAGGCCAUGUUUUGGUCGGGGCUAUGGAAACARUGACAACCAAUACAGUAGAUCUGGACCCACAUAUGAAGGUGCCAACCCAUCUUCAGGGGCCUCUAAUGCAUCAUGGUAUCAAAGAUCACUAAAUGAAGAUGAACAGGUUAAACAGCAGCUAUUACUUGCUCCUGCUACAAAUAACAGCAACUCAAGAUUUCCUGUAGGGCGUGGUCGUGGAAGGGGUAGAGGUGUACCAUCAUCAAACAGACCAGGUCCACCAGGUGAAUUGCUACAAACAGGUCCAGUURCAGGUAGAGGUAGAGCUGUUCGUAUUCCAAAUACAAAACCYAAGGUAUAUGCAGGAACUGCAAAUGCACCACACCCUUCUGCCGCCCCUGCUCCUCCUCUGUCAUGGCAACAAUCUCCACAACAACAAGAAUAUUACCAACAACAWCAAUAUCGACAACAACCAUAUCAAUAUCAACACAAAUAUCAUCAGGAUCAACAACAGCAAAACUUUCAUGGAUACAAUGSUGGACAAACAAAUCAGUUACCUUGGCAACAAGGACAAUAUGCUUCGGGCUCAGCUGUACGUGGCAUGAAUUCGAUUGAUGAUGUCAUGAGAAUGAUGUCGAAUGUCAACAUGUUAUCGAACCAAUAGGAGUURCUUAGCAACUCCAUUAUCCUGGCAACUCACAUGAUUGCAGUAGUUGAUCACAAUUUUUUUUUCAUAAGAUUGUUCAUAUUAGUUGACGUAAUAUGUUUGAAAGUUCAUUUUUUUAUAGUUAAGAUUUUAUGAUCACAUUACAUCAACUAAUGAUUACAAUGCUUGCUCUCUUGUGUACAGACUGUAAAUACAUUGAACUAUCCUUAUAAAUCAAUAUUAUUUACAUACAUAGGAUAUGACUUAUGCAUCAUACAAGUAGACUUACACAAGUAGUUCAUUUGUUUGUUAGACRUUAUAGUUAUUGUUCAACAUUACGUUCUUCCUCAUCUAGUGUUUUUCCAAUGCAAUUUGAUGUAUUUUYUAAACAGGAAGCAUUCACUUUCUGAAUUAGCAAAUAUAAAUUGACCAUUUUAGGCAACAGGAAUAUGUCAGUACAAUUUGAUCUCUAAAUUUCAAACUAUUGCUUUCUUAGAUAGAAUAUUUUAAUGUUCAAAUAUUGCUUCACAGCUGCUCAAAAGUCCACAUUAAAUUAACAUAUGCACCAGAACAAUAUAUUCAGUAAAGCUUUUGACAGAUUAAAAUAUCAGAGUCAUUUCCAAGUUUAUCGACAAAAAGUUUGAAUUCUAAUGUCGUUUUAGAACUCAUGUUGUAGAGUGAACGUACUAAAUCCAUGAAACAAAUAAUUACGACUAAAAAGUGUCGGUAAUGCAAUAGACGUCGAGAAUUAGACUAGCAUGAUCUGUUUUUGGUUCACGGACKAAGUGCGUUCAAUCUGCUGGAAGCACACAUCUUAACAAAUUUUAUCGCAAGCAGUACUCCUAGUUUAGUUAAAAGUACUUGUUUUUAUAUGUUCACAUUAAUAUUAAAAUCUGAAAUACAAAGUAAUUUUCAUGGC